GCGUGGGACAGAGUGGCUGGCAGGUACUAUCUCACUGAAGCGCUCACUGGUGGAUCUAUUGCCUUUGCUACUCCUUCAAACCUUUCUACUUUUAAUAUCAGAGGGUUGUCUACUUUUUUGUUAAUUUACCAUUACUUUAUCCAGAGAGUUGGUUGAGCUGACAUAAACAACUUCUUUCUAUCCCAUUUGUUCUUGUUCUACCUUAGCUCUGGUAGGUGUGCCUCCUGUGAUUGCAACUAACUUAGUGUUCAUUUGUUUUUUGUAUUUGAUGGUCUGUCCAUUAUUUUUCAUUUUAUAUUUAGCCUGUCUAAGAAUUGAAGUAGUUUACUCAAAUAGAUUUUUUUUUUUUUACAGUCCCGCGACCUUUUUGGUUUGGAGUGGCCUGUAACCCUUAAGGGUGUGUCUUUAAAGAUGUUAAGAAUUUCUACAUCGGGAUUUAGAUAGUGGAGUCUUUUUUACAGUAUUUAAAAAAAAUCCUGUUCUAUACAGCAUCAAAAUGCUGAAUUCACAUUGUUUUCUUUGCGUGGGAGUCUUAUUUGUGGCACUUAUUGAGAGCCGAAUGCUGGACAAGUGCAUGAAAUCCAAACCCAAAUACACCAUGAACGUUGUACUUUUGGAGGAUCAAACCUCAGACUGGAGCCUCAGGUUUGUAAAGGGUGCAGUGUUGCAAGCAAUUGAAGCGGACAGGCAACUGAACAUGGCAGCAGGUUUGAACACCAAUUUAACGGCCAAUUUCAAUGGGUUUAACACCACGCUGUACAAACGAAGGGGCUGUGGGAGCAGCACCUGUGAGGGAGUGGAGAUACUCAAGUCCCUGCAUACUAAAGGUGAGGUGGGAUGUGCCAUGCUGGGACCCUCCUGUACAUUUGCCACUUUCUUUAUGGUGGACGUGGAGAUAGGCCUGACCCUGACUAUCCCCAUCAUCUCCGCUGGGAGCUUCGGUCUGUCCUGUGACUACAAGGCCAACCUGUCCCGCCUGCUGCCCCCGGCACGCAAGAUCUCCAACUUCUUUGUCCACUUCUGGAACUUCACCAGACAUGGUCUGAAGAUGUACUGGGGGAGGGCUUAUGUCUACAAGAAGGCAGACCAAACUGAAGACUGUUUUUGGUACAUCAAUGCGCUGGAGGCACCCUCGGUCCAAUUUGCUAUGUCAAUCUCAAGAGAGAUGCUACGCAGCAAGAAAGAGCUAAAGAAAGCUAUUCAGUCUGAAAACAGACACAGCAACGUAUUUAUUCUCUGUGGAACCCCAGAUGACAUCACCACUAUAAAGAACGAAACAACGAUUCCCCCAGAAAUUGUCUUCAUCCUCAUCGAUAUCUAUAACCAUGGGUAUCACACUAACAUGACUGCCAACCCAAGCAUGGACAAUGUUCUGGUGCUCACCUUGCCUGAGAGACAAUACAACAACACAGUAGUUUACAACAGCACGAAGUUAAAUGACUAUGUGGCAGGGUACCAUGACGGUGUGUUGCUCUUUGGCCAUGUGCUGAGGCAGAGGUUGACCAGUGAGCUGAGAGGCAGAGCAACACAGUCCACCACCACAGAGCUCUCCGAUGUAAACCCCUUCAGGAAUGUCUCUUUUCAAGGUAUGGGGGGACACUACGUGCUGGAUGAGAAUGGGGACAGGGACGUGAACUUCUCUGUGAUUUACACAUCCACCAUCGAUAAACAGUACAAAACCCUGUUUGUGUUUGAUACGUCCAUAAAUGAGACCAGAGUGGAGGACAGCACCCCCUCACUGCCCUGGCCCGGGUCCCAACUGCCAGAUGACAAGCCAAUCAACCCUAACGAUCUGAAGACACAGGAUAUCAUUGUGAUCGUCCUGAGUGUCAGUGUUGUGGUGGUGACUGCCAUCGCGCUGAUCUUCUACAGGCAGAACAUGAAGGAACGUCAAAACCAAAAGAGGUGGUCCCACAUCAGCCAAGACCUGAUUAGUCCGCUGGAUGGGAAAGAGUUAAGCCUGGUCUCACUGAAGAUCGAUGAAGACAACAGGAAGGACAGCUGUUACCAGAUUCACAGGGCUCGCUAUGACAAAAAGCCCGUGAUCCUGAAGGAGCUGCAACACACAGACGGCAACUUCAGUGAGAUCCAGAGGAUUGAGCUCAACACUCUCCUACGUAUUGACUACUACAACCUGACCAAGUUCUAUGGCACGGUGAAGUUUGAGUAUGGCCUGUUUGGAGUGUUUGAAUUCUGUGAGAGGGGAUCCCUGAGGUAUGUCCUUAAUGACACAAUCUCCUAUCCUGAAAAGACCUUCAUGGACUUGGAAUUCAAGAUAUCAGUCAUGUAUGACAUAGCUAAGGGCAUGUCCUACCUCCACUCCAGCAACAUUGAGGUCCAUGGCCGACUGAAGUCCUCAAACUGUGUGGUGGACAACCGCAUGGUGGUCAAAAUCACAGACUUUGGCUGCAACACCAUCCUCAACCCCUGCAAAGACUUGUGGACGGCUCCAGAACACCUCCGGAAGCAGGGGAUCUCCCAGAAGGGCGACGUCUACAGCUUUGCCAUCAUCGCUCAGGAGAUCAUACUGAGGAAGAACCCCUUCUUCACCCAGGCCUGCUCCAACGUCGCAGAGAAGCUGUACAUGGUGCAGUACCCAAGUCAAACUGGCUUCUUCAGGCCAGAUCUGAACUUUGAGACAGCAGCAGAAAACGAGACGGAGCUUUACAUGCUGAUAAAGAACUGCUGGGAAGAGGACCCAGAGAGGAGGCCAGACUUCAAGAAGAUAGAGGGAUCUCUGGGUAAGAUAUUCAGCAACCUGCACAACCAGGCUAAUGAGAGCUACAUGGACAACCUGAUCCGUCGGCUGCAGAUGUACUCCAGGAACCUGGAGCACCUGGUGGAGGAGAGAACCUCUCUGUACAAGGCUGAGAGGGACAGGGCUGACAGGCUCAACUUCCUGCUCCUGCCAGCCCCAGUGGUGCGUUCCCUGAAGGAGACGGGCAGUGUGGAGCCAGAGCUGUUUGAUGAGGUGACGGUCUACUUCAGCGACAUCGUGGGCUUCACCACCCUGUGCCACUACAGCACGCCCAUGGAGGUGGUGGACAUGCUCAACGACAUCUACAAGAACUUUGACAGGAUCCUGGACCACCAUGAUGUAUACAAGGUGGAGACGAUCGGUGAUGCGUACAUGGUGGCGUCGGGGUUGCCGCGGCGCAAUGGCAACCGGCACGCAGUGGACAUUGCCCACAUGGCCCUGGACAUUCUAGCUUUCGUAGGGACCUUCCAGCUCCAACACCUACCGGGCAUACCCCUGUGGAUCCGCAUCGGGGUGCACUCAGGGCCGUGUGCAGCGGGUGUGGUGGGGAACAAGAUGCCACGUUACUGUCUGUUUGGAGACACGGUCAACACUGCCUCACGCAUGGAGUCCACAGGCCUGCCACUAAGAAUCCAUGUCAGCCAGUCCACCAUAAACAUCCUCCAACGGACAGACUGCAAGUUUGAGUAUGAGCAGAGAGGAGAGACCUUUCUGAAGGGUAAAGGCAAUGAGAUGACAUACUGGUUAACAGGGGUGACAGGGACAGAAUACAACCUGCCAAAGCCCCCGACAGCGGAGAACUUCCAGAGGCUACAGCAGGAUCUGUCUGAGAUGAUCGUGUCCAGCCUGGAGAAAAGAGGGCCGGGGAACAACGGCAUGGAGAAGAGGAAGACCCUCUCCACCAGAGUCAGGAGGAGGGAGACCAAUGGGAGCCAGGAGGACGGCCUGCCAGAGUACCUGCACCUGGCCAUCACAGACAUUCCCAGCACCUACCUGUAGCCACCCAGGACCAGACUGCCUCCUGUGGAGAUACAGGGCUACUACAUGCUGUCAAAUGGUGACAUUGAAGUCAAGUAGCCUUAUAUUCACCUGAUACAAUAGUUACAGUAAUGCCUUAUACAUAGGAAACCUGACUAUUUUCCAAUGAAUUUCUGGGUAAAAGACAUGGCUUUCUGGUUUGAGCUAAAGGUUAUUUUGGGUCACAUGAGCAAAGAUGCUUUAGGAAAACCUGAACCAGUAAACCAAGAAGCCCCUGAAGAAAAGACAAAUAUGAGUAUUGUUGCAUUUUCCCAGCGAUCAACAAUGAACAAUUGUUCAAAAUAAUAUCACUGAUUAUCACCGAAGCCUAAUAAUAAUACUAAAGCUUAAUAUUGCCAUCAAUAACGUGAUGAUUACAUCUUAUAAAUGAUGUAUACACACAGUGUUGGGUCAUAGUUUCUCAUUGUAAUCUCAGUGCAUUUUAUUGGUUCAUAGUUUCUCAGUGCAUUUUAUUGUGUCAUAGUUUAUCAUCGUAAUCUCAACGCAUUUUAUUGGUUCAUAGUACUAAAUGUGUUUUUAUCCUCAAAUUUGAUAGUAGUCUGAAACACUAAUAUGUCAUAAUUUUAAAGGCCGACAAUUGUCUUUCUAGGUCUUUCUAGGUUUUCCAGUGUGUCCACUGAAUUGGAACAAAAUAACUUUCUGUAAAAGAUGAGUAUACUUUUGUUUAACCACAAACCUUGCCUCUUUUUUAAAUUUAAUUUAACCAGGCAAGUUAUUUUCAAUGAUGGCCUAGGAACAGUGGGUUAACUGCCUGUUCAGGGGCAGAACAACAGAUUUGUACCUUGUCAGCUCAGGGGUUUGAACUUGCAACCUUCCGGUUACUAGUCCAACGCUCUAACCACUAGGCUACCCUGCCACCCCAUUCUUAUCAAAAUGUACUAUAUAUGAGUCGGGGUAAAAUUUCUACAUGAUACGUUUUUUGUUUUGUUGACUGUUGUGUCAAAUAUAUCCCCAAGUUAAUAGCAGUUGCCACCUUUACUUCUACAUUAUCUAAAAGUGAAUUAUAAAGUUAAUGUAAAUGUUAUUCCUCAUUUUUGCUCAUUUUAAAGUAAUAUUUAAAACUGGUUUUACAUUGACAUAUCGCCAAAUUGCAUCAAAUCAUUUUGCAGCAUUUGAUGAAUUCCAUGUUAUUGUUUUUCCACAUCAUUUUCACACCCUGACCAUAGUUUGCUUUGUAUGUUUCUAUGUUUUGGUUGGUCAGGGUGUGAGCUGAGUGGGCCUUCUAUGUUUCAUGUCUAGUUUGUCUAUU